CGGGGCGGGGCGGUGCCGUGCGGACUGUCUCCGCUGUCCCGCGACACUGCGGUGCCCGGCGGCGGCGGCGGCGGCGGCUGUCGAGGCGGGGCCCUGCGGCCGGCCCGCGGCGCUCCGGGCAGCCGAGGGAGGGCCUCCCCCGAGCGCUCUCCUGAAAGCCGUCGGCAGGGCGCAAGGUGAGGCGCGGGCCUUCCCUCUGAGCGGCUCCGGCGCGGCGGCGCCGUGCACGGGCCGUCGGUAGCGCCCGAAAGCGCCGCAGCUUUGUCUGUGAGCGACAGCGGAUGGCUCGGGAGUUACGGAGGAAAUGGCGGCUGCCGGGGAAGGCGAUUCUGCAGCGCUGUGCGCGGGGACAGCGGGCCGCGCUGCGCCCUCGGCCGCUGGAAACUGCCGACUCCUGCGCCCUGUCCUUGCUGCGCGGGGGUGGUGCAGCGAGGCCCGGAGGUCUCGUAGCAGCAUCGAGGCUCCUCAGUUUCUCGUAGUGGAAGGAAGUAGGCAGGUUUUCUCUGUACAGUCAGGAGAUGAUUUGCUGCUGCUUAGGCCGCUUAACAGCUUUAAAGAGAACGGUAAUAAAACUGGGACGAUCCUGAAGUUAAAAUAGCCAGUAUUUAAAGACCUCACCUAUAACUACAGCAGCGUGCCGUACGCUGCCUGAAGGGGGCAAUUACUUUGCCCUUAUGUGUACGUGUGUGUUUAUAUAUAGAUACACACGUGUGUGUACGUACAUACAUUUAUGUGUACGUGUGUUUGUUCAUAUGCAUAUGUAUGAGGAGGCAUAUAUAGAACUAAACGUGUCUAUAUAUGUGGGUAAAUAUAUAUAAAACCCCACUUUCUUGUUUGUGGUUGCCUCUUAGGUGUGAAAUUGUUCAGACUGAAGCAGUCAAAUGACAGUCUGACGGUUUAGAUGCUAACUCCGUUUGAAUGGCAUUGCUGCCUUUAUCCAUUGUAGGCACUUCCUUUUGGCUCUGUGCUGCCUUUUUCUCCAGAGGGCUGACCACGGUCCUCUAGCAUGGGGGGGCACUGGCUGGAAUGUAUGUUUUAGGGGUUUUCCCUGACCUCAGUGGCACAACUGCUUGGCUGAUGCUGAGAUCUAAGCUGGUCCCGGCAGUCUUAAGUACUCGGAAAACAUACAUGGGGUGCCUCUUUUCUUUGGUUGUUGUAAGGAGAAGCAAAUGCAAUUUCAGGAGUGGUGCAGAUUCUCAUCUCCCUUUUAAUAUUCGCACUUUGACUUAAAUGUGUUACUCAGUAUGCAAUGUUUGUUUUACAUGAAAAUCAGCUCAAAUCUUUCAUUGGCGAUGCAAGCCUGUUGUUAGUAUUACCCUGAAGUGUUGCCAUCACUGGCGUUGCUGCCUAAGCGUGAAAGGUAUCAGCAGUCUGAAUUCAAAUAAGAGAUUCAGGCCUGGAAAGGAAAAUUUAUCUUGGACUGGUCAUCGAACCUUACUGCUCACCUAUGUUAGGCCUGCAGACAGGAAUUUAUUUAAUCUGGUUUUAUUUUAAUGGUUAUGCAAAUUUCUACUCAAUAGUACUGUAAUAAACAAGUGCUCUCAAUGCUGUAUUCUUAAAAGGAAUAAAUCAACUGCUAACCCUUUUGUAAGAUAUAACUCAUUAGAACAUUUCAGCAAACUUAUUAUUAUUUGAAUAAUUUCCCAGAACCUCUUUGGUACUGCAUCAUGAUUAAUAUAUUUUUUUUGGUCACUGAUGACUUGCAAACCUACUUUUGUGGAGGUAUAAGUGGGAGGAGGAAGAAUGGUGAAUACACGUGGGUUUAGUUGCUGAAAAUCUUUAUAUAAAAGCAUAAGAUAAUUUUCUUGCAUGCUUUUGGUAUAGUGGAAGUAUUUGUCUUGGGUCUGUACUGUACUUACCUUCUGUUAUUGCAAAGGAUAGUGGAGGAUGUGUCUCAUAAUAAUGAAUUAACAUGAAUAAAGAGUGACCAGUGUCUUUCACUGUUUGCCUCUGUAGGACUGUCCUAAUAUUUACAUUUUACUAUAGAACAUUCUGAAUAGGCAACCCUUGAUUCUGUGCUCUGUUAUUUUGUUUUUGCUGUCUCUACUUUCAUCUGUUUAGGUAACCUUAUAAGUUUGUUAGUGCAAGGCUUACCAUUUUGCCUCUGUUACACCCAGCACAGCGGUGCCUCAUCCUGGUUGUGUCCUUUGUGCGCUGUAGUAUGUAGACAUUAAAUAUUUAAAAAAAAAAAAAAACAACAACUUUUUAAAUUCAGAUCAUAUAUAUAUCCCAAUCCCAUGUAGAAAGAUAUAUUUGUUUGUAGCAAGUGGUUUAUAAGUUUUUCACUUGGUGACUGGCCUCUGCAAUGCCUACUUACUCCAUUGUGUCUAGUAUAGAUGCAACAGCUAACAACUUUGAACAGCAAACAUCUUAACGUAAAUAAAAGUUCUGGAAUAAGCUCUAUCGCCAGUGCCCCCAAGCUAAAUAGUUAUUAUGUGAGCUUGCACAUUGUAUUGCAAAAUUGCAAAUUGACUUAAAUAAAAGUUCAUAUAUGUUAAUUCUAACUGAUUCACAAACUCCUCAUCUUGUUGCUGUGGAUAUUCUAUGCUUUAAGUUGAAGAUAAAAGCAAUGCUUAAAUGAGAAAUUAGUCUCUGCAAAACAUCUAUUUUUUCCUGGAGAAAGUAUCUUGUUUAAGGAAGUAUGUAUGAUUUAUGAAAUAGGAGAGACUAACUGUUUUAACUUGUUUUUCAGAUUUUUUUCUUUGAAAGUAGAUAAAAUGGCGACAUUAAUUCACACUUUAGCAGAUCACAGCGAUGAUGUCAACUGCUGUGCCUUCUCACCAUUGCUCUUGGCUACUUGUUCCUUGGACAAAACAGUUCGUAUUUAUUCUUUAAAUGACUUUACUGAGCUUUCAUACUCACCUUUGAAAGGUCAUACAUAUGCUGUCCACUGCUGCUGCUUCUCCCCAUCGGGACACAUUUUAGCUUCGUGUUCAACGGAUGGUACUACCAUGGUUUGGGACACUCGCGAUGGUCAGGUGCUGGCAGUGCUUGGGCAGCCCAGUGGCAGCCCGGUUAGAGUCUGCCGAUUUUCCCCGGAGUCCACGUAUCUGGUGUCAGGUGCAGCGGAUGGGAGUGUAGUUCUUUGGAAUAUGCAGUCAUUGAAAAUGUACAGAUCUGGGAGUGUUAAAGAUGGUUCUUUGGUGGCCUGUGCGUUUUCUCCGAAUGGAAAUUGCUUUGUCACUGGAUCAUCAUGGGGUGAUAUAACCAUUUGGGAUGAUACAAUGAGAUGCCUAUAUAAUGAAAAAGCACAUGAUCUUGGUGUUACCUGCUGUGAUAUUUCUUCACAGCCAAUUUCUGAUGGUGAACAUGGAUCCAUAUACUUCCAGAUGGCUUCUUGUGGUCAAGAUAAUAAGGUCAAAGUCUGGCUUAUUUUGUUUGCAGGCUCCUUAGGUGUUGAAUUAAGAUACAAAUGUACAUUGAGUGGACAUUCUGCCCCAGUUCUGGCUUGUGCAUUUUCUUGUGAUGGACAGAUGUUAGUUUCAGGUGCUCUACAAGACAGUAUUAUUCAGUGGACUCCAUGCUUUUUUGUUCUUCGUGUUGAGAAUACUGGCAAUAUACUUCAUACUUUGUCUCAGCAUACCAGAUAUGUUACAACUUGUGUUUUUGCACCAUGUACUGCCUUACUUGCCACAGGUUCAAUGGAUAAAACCGUGAACAUAUGGCAAUUUGACAGUAAGCAACCCUGUGCAGGAAAUACUGUAGAAAAUGAAUCUGAGGUGGCUGUUCAGAACUGGUCAGAGGAUGAUGUUUCAGCCUGGCUUUGUGCACAGGGCUUAACAGACCUUGUUGGGCUUUUCAAACGGAAUAACAUUGAUGGCAAAGAACUCCUGCAUCUUACAAAGGAAAGUCUGACUAAUGAAUUAAAAAUUGAGUCUCUAGGCCUGCGCAGUAAAAUCCUUCAGAAAACUGAAGAACUGAAGAUGAAAAUGGUCUCUGUUUCUGUUGCUAUCCCUGAUGAGUUCUUAUGUCCUAUAACUCGGGAGCUUAUGAAGGAACCUGUCAUUGCAGCAGAUGGCUAUUCCUAUGAAAAGGAGGCAAUGGAAAAUUGGAUCAGUAAUAAAAGACGAUCUAGUCCCAUGACAAAUCUUCCUCUUCACUCUCUUAUGCUUACACCAAAUAGGACCCUGAAAAUGGCUAUCAGUCGCUGGCUAGAGACUCAGCAAAAAUAUGGUGAAACCACUUAAGUUUUGAAGUUGUUUAUUAAAAUGAAAUGAAAUUGUAUGUAGCUAACAGAAAUAAUUGCGUCAGAAACAAUGGGAAAUAAAGUUUAAUUCUGUUUUACUCUAGCUGUCAUUUCAAUCUUUAUACUAAGAAAAGUGUGUCUUAAUUGGUGGAAGCUGCUAAAAAAUUACUGAUAUUUUUUUUAAGUUACUGAUAAUUUUACUUUGUAGUAUUUCUGUUUAAGAAAUCAAACAUUCAGAUUCACAGUUUUUCAAAUAAAGUUUUCUUAAAAUUUUCAC